AUGCGCUACUAGUUUUGUCGUCACUUCCUGUUUGUCUCAGAAAAAUUGACGAUCAUCAUCUCGAAAGAAUCAAUGACAACGAACUUUCAGGAUGGUUUCAUGACAAAAAAAAUUAGGUGGAUGCAAUUUUGAUAAUGAAAUAGAUGUGCAGGGGUCAGACAGGGGGAGGUAAUGGCCAAUGCCUGUAAGUCAGACCCAGCAUUCCAAUGCUAAGAGGAUAAGGUUAGAGAAGAGGAUGGCUGAGGAGAGCCAGGAGAGUCCUGCCUGUGAGGUGUAUCGGGUUGAGGAGCGGCCCGAACAUGGCAUGAAGAUCUUACAAGGGCUCAACAAGCUUAAAAAUGACAAAAUCCUAUGUGAUGUCACUCUUAUUGCUGAAGGUCAUCGUUUUGAGGCUCACCGAGUAAUCCUUGUGUCCUGUUCAGAUUAUUUCCGAUCUAUGUUUACCAGUGGCAUGAGGGAAAGCAACCAGCGAGAGAUCGAACUGAAAGGCAUUACCUGUAAAGGACUUGAAAAAACACUGGAGAUUAUCUACACCUCUACAACCACGCUGGAGGGGGAUGACAUCUUUGAUGUUAUUGCUGCCGCUACUCAUCUGCAAGUGACUCCCGUAAUCGAAUUCUGUGAAAGAAAUUUUUUGAGUGGAAUGAACGUAAAUAAUUUUUAUGACUUCAUCAAUACAGCUAAGUUAUACAGUAUGACAAAUGCCCUGAAGCAGAUUGAUGUUUUUAUCGCUAGAAACCUACGUGAGAUCUCAAAAGAAGGUACCUUGCAUCUUUUAACCUAUGAUCAAAUGGUAAAUUGCCUCCACAGUGAUCGACUUUGCUUAAAGGAGAUAGAAAUUUUCCAUAUAACAUGGGAGUGGUAUAGACUGAAUAGUAAUCAAGAUGAACAGGCAAAUCGUUUAAUGAGUCUCAUAAGAUUUCCCUUAAUUAACCCCACCGAUCUUGUACAGCAUGUGCAAGCAGUCGACAAGAUGAUGGAAAAACCAGAGUUACGACAAAUGGUGCUUGCUGCUCUAAAUUACCAUGUUGUACCCCAUUCCCAACCACUCGACAACUCGGUAAACACACAACUAAGGUGCUUCAUGGAGAGGCUAGCCAGUGUUGGGGGGCGAGAAAUUCACCCAAAUCCCUGCCUACAUGAUGAAAUAUUUGUUUUUGAUUCCAAAAUAACAUCAAACAGUCUUUUAAACCGAUCAGAAAUAGCUUCCUUACCUAGUGCAUUGAGCCAUAUGCAGGUUGUUGUGUACAAUAACUUUUUGUAUGUACUCGGUGGGUGCACAACCCAGUGUGCUCAUGGGGAGUCCGCUGUAAACUCUGUUAUGCGUUAUGAUCCAAGAUUUGAUAGCUGGUUUCAGGUGAGCCCAAUGUUGCAUAAAAGGGCAUACUUCUUUGCAGGUGCACUGAAUAACCGCAUCUAUGCUGUUGGAGGAAAAUUUAAGGAUGGCAGUUUGGCGACUGCCGAAGCUUACAAUCCUGCAGAUAACACUUGGGAGUUGAUAGCUUCCAUGCCUAUGUCCUACCAUGCUCAUGCUGGUGCAGUGUAUGGUGAUCAUAUAUAUGUAUCUGGAGGUUACAGUGGCAAUCACUUCACUCCAGACAUGCAACGAUAUGAUCCAUCUAACAACCAAUGGGAGGACAUGGCUGCCAUGUUGACUCCUCGAGGCUGGCAUGUCAUGUGUGCUGCUCAUGAUAAACUCUAUGUGUUUGGAGGUUGCAAUCUGAAUGUUAACCAGCAAGCACAGCCUGUCAUGCAGUCAGAGUGUUAUGAUCCAAACACAGACCAGUGGACAAUAAUUAACCCUUUAUCCAUUUCCCACAAAGAAGCCUCAUGUGUUGUGUACAAUGACCAGAUCUACGUGUUAGGAGGAUAUAAUGUUCAGACUAAAACAGGACAAAAAUUGGUAUCUCGCUAUGAUAUUUACACUGGUAUUUGGGAAACAGUUGGAGCCCUUCCUAGAAGCCUGACAGGGGUUGGGUAUUGUACCUUGAAAUUGCCUGAUUAUAUGGGCAGUGACAAAGAUUAGUGAAUUUUCAUUAAGUACUUUUUAACUCAUAGGAUGUGUGAUGGUUUUGUUUAAGGAAAAGUCAAGCUUGUGAUCAUGAUUUUAAUGGAGAGUUAAUUAUGAAAUGAAUAUUGGUAUUGAAAAUUGAAAGUGGUCUGUAGUAUUGAUGAUGUUUUGUAUUUUGUAAGAAACUCUUGCGUUGCUCAUACGUACAUAUAUACAGAAAUGUUUGAAUGUAGAUGGAAGUUUAUACAUGUAUGGAAUGCAUGAAUGUUAUUCAUCAAUUUCCGGUUAGCUUUCUUACUGCACAUAACUUAGAUUAAAAGUAAUUGUUUACUUAAGCUGACUUCAUGUGUUUUCUUAUUAUAAGUCAGACAUUUUUUAUCAAGAUGUUUAUUUCCAUAAGCAUUUUGCAUGAUAUAUUCAUAUGCCAAACUCCAUAGCAAUUCUGAUAAGUUUGUAUUUUGAAAUCUGGUUCGGGGUGGGUGGGCAAAUUCACAGUGACUUCUACAUACUGAGGUAAAAUCUGAUUUCAAAACAUUAUUUAAGUGAAAUGAAAUGUGCUAAACUUGG